AUGGAAAUAGGGCAUGAAGCGAAGAAACAAAAGACCUCACCAUGGCCGACACGACUUGGUCACGGUGGAGAUAUCGAUAUUCCUCUGGAUCUAAAGGUGGAGAUACUCAAGAAACUCCCGGCCAAAUCUCUAAAGAGGUUCCGAAGUGUCUCGAAGCAAUGGUCAUCAAUAACCAGCAGCCGUAGAGAUUUCAUAGAGUCCAUUGUAACUCGUUCUUUGACUAGGCCUCCGCGAGAUGGGCAUAUCAUCUCUCACUUCCCUUCAGAUAAAUGUUUCUUAGCCUUGUCGUCUAAUACUUGCCAUACUGUCAAAGAAUUAUUAUUAGUCCCUAAAAAAUAUCAUCAAUCAGUCCGCGGCCUGAUUUGUUGUUGGUCAGCUAAUAAGGAUACUUAUUAUGUGGUAGCUAUAUAUAACCCUACCACAAGGCAGUCUUUUUACUUACCGAAGGUUACAGCCCAUUACGUGAUGGGCGUUUGCUUAUUUGGAUACGACCCUAUCGAGUAUCAAUACAAAUUAGUUUUCCUACCAGAAAAUACUAGGCAAGAGAGUUGUAAAGUUUUCACAUUGGGGGAUGCUAAGUGGAGGACCAUCCAAAGCUCUAUUGGUCUUGGAUCCUACUCUAAAUUUCGAGGUGUUGUUUGCAUCAAGGGGACUGUCUACUUUCAACAAGAGAUUGAUAAUCGCAUGCAUGAAUUGAUUAGAUUUGAUGUUAGGUCCGAGAGAUUUCAUCAUGUCGACGCUCCAACAACACUUACGGUUACGGAACACAACUCGACUCUGGUCAAUUAUCAAGGGAAGUUAGGGUUCAUUUGUUGCGAGAAGGGAGUGGAAAUUUGGGUUAUGGAGAAACAAGGAUGGUCCAAGAUUUUCUUUUGUGAGAUGGAGGGCUUCCAAGAAUGGCGCGUCACAGGUGUUACUCGUGGUAGUGAGAUCGUGUUUACCAAAUUAAACGGCUACUUCUUUCACCACAGGUUAUGUGUCUAUUAUUAUGAUCCCAAGCGAAACAGUAUGAGAUGUGUUGACCUCGAAGACUAUUAUACGGAGGAAGGCAGCCGUAACUAUUACAUGUAUAAGUGUCGUACUUCAGUCUUGACUCUUCUGGACCACGUCGAGAACACAAUGUGUUUGAAAUAG